GAUUCGGCAUUGUGCAGAAAGAUCUUUAAAAAAUGGGUUAUUUUCAGCCAUUGAUAUUCUUUGUUCUGGCAGCUUUUCCAUUCUUGUUUGUUUCUCCAUCUCAUUCCUCUUUAGAUCAUGAUGAUGUUGAGAUUUUCUCUCCUGCCAGACAAGAUGGUAAUGUUACUUUGUCACUGUACUAUGAAACUUUAUGCCUAGGUUGUGCCUCGUUUAUCACAAAUGACCUUGUGAAGGUCUUCCAGACUGAUCUGUAUACCAUUGUCAAUCUAAGGUUGGUCCCUUGGGAUAAUGCCGACAUCGUCGGCGAUUUAAUCCGUUGCCAGCAUGGAGAAGAUGAAUGCUACUUGAAUGCCAUACAUAGCUGUGUCAUCCACUUGUGGCCUGAUGAGAAAACGCACUUCGGUUUCGUUCGCUGCACGGAAGAACAGAGGUUAAAGGAGGUGCCAGUUAGAAGCAAAGAAGCAAUGUGGAGAAAUUGCAGUGACCAACUGGGAUUGAGAGUGGACAUGAUAAAGAAACGCUAUGCUACUGGAAUUGGAAUGAAGACUGCAAUUCUCAAUCCACCUCAUGAAUAUGUUCCAUGGGUGGUGGUGAAUAACCAGCCACUCAAAGAUGACUAUGAAAAUUUUGUGAAAUAUGUCUCUGAUGCUUAUCAAGGUGAAACUAAACCAGAGGCCUGCAAUGCACAAUCAUCCAGUGUCGGUUCAAAGAAUCGGAGGAUGGGAACUAAAAUCCAUCCGGGCUGCUAUGCCGAACAAAGUUGA